AUGAGGAAGCAUCAGGGUCAGCAGGAGGCAGAGGGGGGGCUCGCUCCAGUUGUCUGGUACGUGGCUUUGGAGUUUUUAGGGCAGAGGAACAUUGGCCAUGAGUGUGAACGCCCAGUAGAGGAGGUGGCGGGGCGUGUGGGCUCUGGAUUGAGCAAAGUCCACAGAAAGUUCCACCGAGAUGUGCUGAGCAAAGGCCAAAGGCCCAGAAGGAAAGAAGUGCAGACUCUGAGCAGAGCUGCCCUCAUCUGGAGCGUGAAGCACCUGCCCAGGGGGUCCGUGUGGCUGGCAAUGAGCCCCGGGCUGUCAGCCUUCCUGAGAGAGUGCCCCAGCUGGCUCCUGUUUUCCGGGGUCUUCCUGCCUGUGACUCUGCUGCUGCUCCUCCUCAUUGCCUACUUCAGGAUCAAACUGAUGGAGGUUAAUGAAGAACUGUUCCAGAUGCCUCGUCGCCAACCCAAUCGCAAGGCUGGCUCGUCCCCGUACCGGAGAAUGAAACGAACGUGACUGCUGGGGACUGAUCAACGGCGGAAAGCACAGGGAAUCUCUACUGGUCAGACAGCAAUGGUCAACGGCUUUGCUAACACAGCGGGUGAAACCAGAACCACAGAAAAAUAGAACACUAAGAUGCUCGUGCUGAACCGCGUUGAAAAGUGGCAGCUAUUAUCCCAGAGGACUUCUUGAGACUCAGCUCAAACAGCAGUUCUUCAGAGAACACCAAGAAUAUAAGAUUCUCUUGGAUGUGCUCUAUGGACUGGACACAUUUAACUUUUUAACUUUCAUAGGUCUUCUCUAAAAGGUGUA